AUGUUGAACAAUGCUGGAAUCACUGAUCCGCAGAAAGCGCUUGCUCUCAAUGGCAUCAAUCCAGCACUUUGUUUAGUAGGAGCCGUCCUCGGCGCUCGCAUGACUGAAAUUGUUGGUCGUCGGCCUUUGCUACUCUACACUAUCGUCUUUACGUCGUGCUGCUUCGCUAUCCUGACGGACACCAGUGAAAUGUCAAUGGACAAGCCGUCCAAUGCGGCAGCUGCUAAUACCACAGUGGCAUUCAUCUUCAUCUUCACAACGCGAGCCAAGGACACGGCAGUCGGCAACUUUGCUAGUUCAGCUGCCUCUACCGUCAUUCACUACAGCAGCGGGCCGGCUUUCGAGAAUAUCCGUUACUACUUCUAUCUGGUAUUUGUGUUCGGGGACCUCUUCGAAGCGGUAUUCAUCUAUCUCUUCUUUCCGGGAACUAAAGAUCGUACACUGGAAGAAUUAGCGGAGGUGUUCGAGGCUCCGAACCCAUUUAAGAAGAGCCUAGAGAAGAGGAACGCGCAAAACGUGAUGAAUACUCUGCAUAUGGCGGAGGACUAA